AACCGUUGGAAGUUUCGUCUCACAGUCGAAUCGGCGUCUGAGCAACCAACAUGUACGAUUUGAACGAUAAGAUUGUUGUUAUAACUGGUGGUUCUAAUGGCAUUGGUGCUGUGGUCGCCGAUCAUUUUUUGGCAGAAGGAGCAAAGCAUAUUCGAAUUCUGGACGUGGACGAAAAAUCAGGACUAUCUCUACAAGCAUCAUUGAAUGAAAAAUAUGGUGAGGACAAAGUGAAGUUUUCCGAAUGCGAUGUGACCAACACAGAGCAGUUUUUUAGAGCAUUGGUUGAUGCCAAAGAGGAUAAUGGGUUCAUUGAUGUUUUGAUCAAUAAUGCCGGGAUCCCUGAUGAAAGUACCGUGGACAUUGUGCGGAAACAAAUUGAAAUAAAUUACAUAGCGACAGUCUUCGGAACUCUAAAAGGCUUGGAACUGAUGCGAACAGACAAAGGAGGCAGGGGUGGAGCGAUCAUCAACAUAUCCUCAAUAGCUGGACUCGCACCUAUCUGUCCACCUCUCUUCGUGUACUCAUCAAAUAAGAAAGCCGUCUUGCAAUUCAGCACUUGUAUCGGUAAAGAUACCUGUGCUAAUACUGGCGUUAGAGUAAUUGGGGUUGCCUAUGGAGUCACCGAUACUCCCAUUUUAAAAACUAUGAACACUUUUGACCGUCAAUUCGAUGAAACAGUGAAGGCUAUAGUAAACUCUGUUCCUAUACAAAGUUCGGAGGAUGCUGCACGUGGUACAGUUGAAGUUUUCAAGAAUGCGGAGAGUGCGUCGAUCUGGUUGGUUCACAGAAGCCAGCCUGCUACAGAAGUAACGAAGAUAUUAGAGGAAGCAGACAAAGAAAUUAUACGCAUACUGUGUGAAUAAUAUAAGGAUCAAUGUAUUUAUUUUUAUGUGAUAAUUGUCAAUUGAGCUUAUUUGGUAAUUUUGCGGGUAUGAAAGAGAGAUGCCACUCUACGCCGGGUAUUGAACUGUCACGCUUUCACAACGUUAAUGAUAUUAAUUUAAGACAUGGUGAUAGACCUUAUGUGCACUGUCCACCUUAUAUACAUUGAACAACGUAUUUUAAGAUAUUUAGCACUGUAGGGAGUGUAGUAUGUUAAUAAAGCAAAGCCGAACCUGAAAAGUGAGUUUGAGAUUUUCAACGAAAAUAUAAUGGCUCUUGGAUCGUGUAGGUAUAAGUAAUAAGAACACAUUUACAGAUAUUUUAAACACUGAAGUCACAAGUAUUUUGCAAUUAGUGAAAUAAAUUUAUACUUAUUAAAGAA